GUCAGAACCGCCCCGCUCCUCCAUUGUUUCCGGUUGUUGACGGCCGAGGGUCGCCCCGCUCCAGGAGAAGCUCCGGCCUCAGUAAGCCUGAUCUGCAAGCUGAUGAAGAUUGAAACUAAACCUUGGUGAUUGAAACUGUGACUGAAGUUUUGAGUCUUGCUGUCUGUCCAAGGGAUCUUCCUGUGACAUUGAAUGAUGAGAACGUCUGGCACCAGUUGAGGAAUGGCAGCCUGAGAUGGCAGCAUUUACCACGGAGUACCAGCGACUGCAGUCCUCCUACACCGAUUCACCACCCGGGGAGGAGGACCUGCUGGUUCAUGUGGCUGAUGGUGGCAAAUCUCCAUGGCAUCACAUUGAAAACCUGGAUUUGUUCUUCUCCAGAGUCUAUCACUUACACCAGAAGAAUGGCUUCCUCUGUAUGCUGCUGUCUGAAAUGUUCGAAUUGGUGCAGUUUGUUUUCGUCGUCACUUUCACCACGUUUCUGGUCAGUUGUGUUGAUUACGACAUCCUUUUUGCUAACAAGCUGGUGAACAAUACGCAUCGUGAAAACCAGCUGAUCAAAGUGACACUGCCAGACGCCUUUCUGCCCCCAUGUGUCUGCACUGCUCAGAUCCGACAGAACGUGCUGAUCAUCUUCAUCCUGAUGAUUGCUGGUGUCUUUUGGAUUCAUCGGUUGGUUAAGUUCAUCUACAACAUCUGCUGUUACUGGGAAAUUUGCGCAUUUUACAAGAAUGCUUUGAAGAUACCAAUGGCCCAGCUCCCAUACUGUAGCUGGCAGGAGGUUCAAGCACGGAUCAUCCACAUUCAGAAAGAACAUCAAAUCUGCAUCCACAAGAGGGAGCUGAGUGAAUUGGACAUCUACCAUCGUAUCCUGCGUUUCAAAAACUACACUGUGGCCAUGAUUAACAAAUCUCUGCUGCCAAUCCGUUUUCACGUUCCCUUCCUGGGCGAGGUGGUUUUCUACACCAGGGGUUUGAAGUAUAACUUUGAACUGAUCUUUCUGUGGGGCCCUGGCUCGCUCUUCCAGAAUGAAUGGAGUUUGAAGCCAGAGUACAAACGAGCAGGCAAUCGGUUGGAGCUGGCACAGAAGCUCAGCACGCGGAUUCUGUGGAUUGGAAUCACCAACUUGCUCCUCUGCCCUAUUAUCCUGAUCUGGCAGAUUCUGUACGCUUUCUUCAGCUACACAGAGGUCAUCAAGCGGGAGCCUGGCAGCUUAGGGGCUCGGUGCUGGUCACUGUAUGGCCGGUGUUACCUGCGACAUUUCAAUGAGCUGGACCAUGAGCUACAGUCCAGGCUCAGCAAGGGCUAUAAGGCUGCCUCCAAAUACAUGAACUGCUUCCUGUCACCAUUGCUCAGCGUCCUGGCUAAAAACCUGGCCUUCUUUGCUGGCUCCAUCCUGGCUGUGCUCAUCACUCUAACUGUGUAUGACGAAGAUGUUCUGGCUGUAGAGCAUGUGCUGACCACAAUCACUCUGCUCGGUCUCUGUAUUACUGUGUGUAGGUGUUUUAUUCCGGACAAACAUGUGGUGUUCUGCCCGGAACAAUUACUCCGGGUCAUUCUGUCCCACAUCCACUACAUGCCUGACCACUGGCAAGGGGCAGCCAAUCGAUAUGAGACCCGUGAUGAGUUUGCUCAGCUCUUUCAAUACAAAGCGGUCUUCAUCCUUGAGGAACUGCUGAGCCCCAUCAUCACCCCUUUCAUCCUCAUCUUCUGCUUAAGGCGCAAGUCCCUCGAGAUCAUCGAUUUCUUCCGUAACUUCACAGUGGAGGUUGUGGGUGUUGGGGAUACCUGCUCCUUCGCCCAGAUGGAUGUGCGGCAGCAUGGACACCCUGCGUGGUUUUCUGGAGGCAAGACUGAGGCCUCCAUCUAUCAGCAGGCUGAGGAUGGCAAAACUGAACUCUCCCUCAUGCACUUUGCCAUCACGAACCCUCAGUGGCAGCCCCCACAGGACAGUACUGCCUUCAUCAGCCAACUGAAGGAGAAGGUCAGCCGAGAAAAGGGCGCAGUGAUUGGAAACCACAGCUUCCUUCCAGAGAAUGGCGUGUUCACAUCCUUACAGUCUGUACAGUCUGAGUCCGAGCCUCACAGUCUGAUCACGAACCUGAUUGCAGGACCACCCUCCCUGGUAUUUCAGAGAGGUCGAGACGGACCAUUGGAUCCAGCUUCCUCACUGCGAUCAUUCUCUCCAGGACAGAAUGUUCCAGGCAGUCUCCACACCUCCCUGCUGCGGAACAAGACAGGGAGACACACAGCUGGAUCUGGGCCCGAUAUGAAAAUGAUGAGUUCUGGGAGCAGUGCCUGGGAGGGACAACUCCAGAGUAUGGUUCUCUCCGAGUAUGCUUCGACUGAGAUGAGUUUGCAUGCACUCUACAUGCAUGAGCUUCACAAGCAGCAAAUGCAGGGAGAACCAUCACGUCAUGUAUGGCACCGACAAGACAGUGAUGACAGUGGUGAGAGCGGUGUGGAGGAGGCCGAGCUGAGGAGACCAUCACUAAUGACCAUUCCACGAUCCUCUACCUACCCUGUCACUACCAGCAGAACAUUGGAUCUCCGCGAGGAACCAACUGGUCUCCUACACACUGUCCACAGGCGAUAUGGAGGAAUCAGCAGUUCGACUGAGCCCCAAAGGCCGUUCUCUCAACAGCCCAUGGGGGGCUGGACAGAAAGCUCGCCCCCUCAACAUCCUGCGCCUGUACCUGAGGAGGGAUUGGAGGAUGAACUGCCCCCACAAAUGCACCAGGUGUAGUUGAUCUGGAGUAUCUAACAGAGGCAAUGAAGAUGAUCCGAGAGUUUGGGGCUUACAGGCUCUUGCUGCUGCUGGAUUGUCCACUGCAUGGCCCACUGGCAUGUGUUUGAUUGAUUUAAUUUGUUGCAAUCAAAUUGGUAUUUGUGUCAUUGGGUGAUCAGGUAUGUCAAACUGUGCCCCAACAUGUUCUGAUAAAUUUUGCCAUUUUCAAUAUAUCAUUGUGAAAGUGUUUGAAUAUUUAAUUUUUAAAAAUCCCUCUGGUUUCCUAACCAUCCGAAUUUUGAAUAUUGUUUGAAAUAACCCAAAGUCUGCUACUCCCAUGACAGUGCUGGGUCAGUGACAGAGUCUGUGUCUCUGUGUCUCUGUGUCUCUGUGUCUCUGUGUCUCUGUGUCUCUGUGUCUCUGUGUCUCUGUGUCUCUGUGUCUCUGUGUCUCUGUGUCUCUGUGUCUCUGUGUCUCUGUGUCUCUGUGUCUCUGUGUCUCCUCUCUCGUUGUCUUCUCUCCUCUCUCGUUGUCUUCUCUCCUCUCUCGUUGUCUUCUCUCCUCUCUCUCUCUCUCUCGUUGUCUUCUCUCCUCUCUCGCUGUCUUCUCUCGCUGUCUUCUCUCUCUCUCUCUCUCUCUCUCUCUCUCUCUCUUUCACUCUCUCUCUUUCUCUCUGUCUUCUCUCUCUCUCUUUCACUCUCUCUCUUUCUCUCUGUCUUCUCUCUCUCUCUUUCACUCUCUCUCUUUCUCUCUGUCUUCUCUCUCUCUUCUCUCUGUCUCCUCUCUGUCUUCUCUCUCUCUCUCUCUCUCUCUCUCUCUCUCUCUCUCUCUGGGCAGAGAAGCAUUUUUGGAUUGGUCAUUGUUUGAUCUUCUCUUAGUUGUUGCUUGACUCUUAUUUUCAAUGCAGUUCUGUUAAAGGGACUUUUUGUUGGUUAGAUUUUAAAAGUCUGAUCAAACAGAGUGAGAAAUCUGUUUAUCCCAGCAUGGAGCAGCAUUUCAUUUGCAGGGAAGCUCAUUGUUAUAGGAACAUAAGGACAGAUGUCCAUUCAACCCCUUGAGUCUGUUCUGCCGUUAAUUCUGUCCUGAUUGAUCAGUUUCCAUGUCCCUCCAAGGGGAUAAUUCAGUUGAUCACAUUCCUGUAUCUGAAUCAUAAGGGUUUGCCUGAGGCAAUCAGCUGACAGUGCCCCUGUGUGCCCAAGUGGCUGUAAUGGCAUUAUCUCACAGACUAGUUUUAGUAUUUUUCCCAAUAUCCAGGCCAAUGUUUAUCUCUCAAACAAUAUCUGAUGAAACUGAUGCUCAGAUAAUUACACAAUUGCCAUUGGCGGCAGUUUGAAGUGUGUUCAUUGGCUGCUGCAUUGUUUCCAUUAUCUGUUAACUGUAAAGCAUUUGGAGAUGUCCAGUGAGCUUCACCAAAACUUUACAAAGGUGUAGGCCUGGUGCUCUAUUCUUUUUCUGAGAAGGAGUUAUAUUGGACUUGAAACAUUAACCAUUUCUCUCUGCACAGGCAGUACAAAAGCUGCUGAGUUUCUCCAGCACUUCUCUCUCUUUAAUUUCAGCACCUGCAGUGAAUAGCUGAUACUCCGUCACAGCACAAAUAUCCAUCAAACUCUGCUGAUCCCCAGAAUCCACAGCUUUUUCAAGUCCAUGUACUCCAGAUCUCCACUUGCUGUCAGUGAGGAUUGUCUAUUAGGAACAGGAUACUGAUUGUGGAUGAUCAGCCAUGAUCAUAGUGAAUGGUGGUGCUGGCUCAAAGGGCCGAAUGGCCUAUUCCUGCACCAAUUGUCUAUUAGGACCUGGUUCCUGACUUCACUCCCAAAUGACCUGGCUCUGAUUUUACAGUUCAGCUCCUUGUUGUGGACUCCCCCUCUCUGUAACCCCACACCCCAAUUGAUCCUAAGGCAGUAGUUUCCACCGAUCUGCUCUGUAAACUCUCCAUUAAUCUUCUUGGUGAGAUCACCCUCGUUGUAUUACCACUAGACUAAUAAUCUAGAAACCCAGGUAAAUUUCUGAGAACCUGGUUUUGAAUCCCAUCACAGCAGAUGGUAAAAUUCGGUGAAAAUCUGUUGUUCAUGGUCUAAUGAUGACCUUGAAAACCAUUGUUGAUUGCUGUUUUAAAAAAAACCCAUCUCGUUCACUAAUGUCCUUCAGGAAAGAAAAUCUAUCCUAGAACAAAGAACAAUACAGCACAGGAACAGUCCCUUCGGCUCCAAACCUGCACUGAAACAUUCUGCCCUUCCAAAUUAAAACUGCCUUCAUUCACAGGAUCCGUAUCCCUCUAUUCCCUUCCUAUUCAUGUAUUUGUCCAGGAGCUUCUUGAAUGCUGCCACAGUGUCUGCUUCCACCCCCUCUUCUGACAGCACGUUCACUACUCUUUGCACGGAAAUACCUGCCUCGCACAUUUCUCUGAAACUCCACACCCUCGGCCCAGCACCUUGAACCUGGGUUGCCUAGUAAUUGACCCUCCACCCUGGGAAAAAGCCUCAUACUUUCCACUCUAUCCAUGCCAUUAACAAUCUUUUAAACGUUUGCGAGGUCACCCCUCAACCUCCUGUGUUCCAAUGAAAACAAACUCAGCUAUCUAAACUUUCUUCAGAGCUAAAAUCCCCUAGACCAGGCAACUUCCUGGUUAAACCCUUCCUGUAAUCUCUCCAAAGCAUCCAGACCCUUCUGCUAGUGUGGUGACCAGAAUUAUAUGCAAUAUUCCAACUGUGGCCUAAAUAAAGUUCAAUAAAGCUGCAGCUUAACUCACCUAUCCUUAUACUCAAAAUCCCUUCCAAUGAAGGCAAGCAUGCCAUAGGCCUUUUUUACCACCUUAUCUACCCGUGCUGCCUCCUUCAGUGAUCUGUGGACCUGCACACCCAGAUCUCUCUGCAUAUCACUAAUCCUAAGGGUUCUGCCAUUUACUGUAUAAUUUCCACCUGUACUUGACCUUCCAAAAUGCAUCCCUCACAUUUGUCUGGAUUAAACUCCAUCUGCCAUUUUUUCUGCCCUUUCUUCCAACUGAUCUACAUCUUCAUGUAUCCUCUGACAAUACUCCUCACAUCUGCAACUCCACCAAUCAUUGUCUUGUCUGCAAACUUACUGAUUAGACCAGCCACAUUUUUCUCCAAAUGAUUAAUGGACAUAAUGAACACCAGAGGUCCCAGCACUGAUCCCUGUGGAACACCAACAGUCACAGCCCUCCAUUCUGAACUGCAUCCUUCCACCACUACCCUCUGUUUCCUAUCACUUUGCCAGUUCUGUAUCCCUCUUGUCAGCUCACCCUGAUACCAUGUAACUUCACCUUUUGAAGAUCAUCCUUACCUGGCUUAUAUUUAACUCCAGACCCACAGCAAUGUGGGUAACACUUACCUGCCCUCAGAAACAGCCCUAACAAGCCACUCAGUUGUAUCAAUCAUUAUAAGGAAAAAAAUAAUGGAACUGUAAUGAUCACCUGGCAUUGACCUCGGGAACAGAAACAAUAACAGCAGAGACAACCCUAUCGACCCUUUGGACUCCUCCUACUAACACCUGGGGAUUAGUGCCAACAUUGGGAAGAGCUGUCUCACAGACUAGGUGAACAACAGCCUGACAUUGUCUGUAAAGUUUGAUUCUGUGAGUAUGACUAUGUCCCAGACACCACCUUCCCUGGGACACAUUCGGCCAAGAGUGUGGAGUCAGGAGGGAGUUGUCCUGGAGUCUUCUACACUGACUCUGCAGCCUGUGAAAUCUGAUGGUACCAGGUCGAGCAUGGACGAGGAAACUUCUUGUUGAUCAGACGUAUCUUAUUGAAUGGCAGAGUAGACUCCAGGGAUUGAGCAGCCAGUCCUGUUCUUUGUAUCUUAAUAUGUUUAUAACAGUGUAGAUAAAAGAGAAGCAGUGGAUGUGAUAUAUUUGGAUUUUUAGAAAGUCUUUGAUCAGGUAUUACAUGCUAAGCUAAUUAGUAAGAGCCCGUGGUGAUGGGGGUAGUACUUUAGCAUGGAUAAGAGGAUUGGCUAACUCAUAAAAAACAGAAUUGGAUAAGGAGGGCAUUUUCAGGAUGGCAAACUAAUUAGUGUUCGGUGAUGGAGCCACAAUUACUUACAAUCUAUAUUAAUGACUUGGAGGAGGGAAAUGAAUAUACUGUCACAGAGUUGGGUGGAUGACACAGAAAUAGGUGGUAAGGCAAGUGGUGAGAAUGACUGAGUCUGUGAGGGAUAAAGGCAUGUCAAGUCAGUGCGUGGAUUAUAAUGUGGAAAAAUGUGCGGUUUUGCACUUUGGCAGGAAGAAUAGAGAAGCUGAAUAUUGUGUAUUCUAAAAGUAGGGAGGUUUUGAAAAAAACUGUACGAGGCAGUAGUCAGACCACAGCUGGAAUACUGUGAACAGUUUUGGGCGCCUUAUCUCAGGAAAGAUGGACUGCCUGCAACAUUAGUCCAGAGAAGGUUCAUUCAGCUGAUCCUGGGUAUAGUAGGACUCUCUAAUGAGGAGAGGUUGAGUAUGUUGGAUCUGUACUGAGGAGUUUAGAAGAAAGAAGUGACCUUGUUGAAAAAUAUCAGAGUCUAGUGGUACUUGUCAGGGGGGAAUAGUGAAGGGUUGUAUCCUCCUUGUGGGAGGGUGUAGGAUCAGAGGACAUCAUCUCAGAAUAAGAUAAUGUCCCAUUUAAGACAGAUGAAGAAUUUCUUCUCUGACGGGAGUGAAUCAGUGGAGCUCUUUACCACUGAGGGCUGUCGAGGUUGGGUUGUUAAGUAUUCAAGGCUGGGACAGAUUUUUAAUCAGUAAUGGAAUGGAGGGUUAUGGGGAAAAGGCAGGAAAGUGAAUUUGAAGAUUAUCAGAUCAGCCAUGAUCUCAUUGAAUGGUAAAACAGAUUUUUUUGAUGGGCAGAAUGGCCUACCGCUUCUACAUUUUGUGGUCUACUGGUCUCAUGCCUUCCUUGAACUGUGCUGAUAGACUUGGUGUGCCCCUCCACACCUCUGAACCUCUCUCCCACCUUGUACAGCACAGCUCGGUCGCUCCUAGCAUGACUCUCUCUCCUCCCCCAUACCCACAAGCAUGGGACUUUGUCCUCAACCCUGCCUUUCACUCCACUCAGACAGGAUCCUGUGUCACCCCUUAUUCAAGACAGGGUGCCCCCCAAACCAGAAUGUGGCUCAGAUUGCCCUCCCCAGCACUGCAAUAUACUUAUUCUGUUGUAGGCCUGCUCGUCCUGAGAUCUCUCCUACUGCUAUUUUGUUACAUUUCAAUCAAACCCUUUGAGCUGAGCUUUACAAAUAAUCAUUACUGUUCACCCACACUAUCUUGAUUGUAGCUGCAAGCACCAUCCACAUUUCUUUGAAUCUCUAAAUGUGAGGCCAUUGUUUUAUUGGCAUUACAGCUCAUAUCCAAGUUCCCAGCUUUCUCAGUAAAUGUUAAAGCUCCCAGGCUUCUGUCAGGACAGCAGAGCAGUUUACCCGGUGUCCCUCAGCCAGUAUUUCUCCCCUCUGUCAUUGCUGCAGCUCAGCUUCUUGCUGUUUGUGUAAUCCUGCUGUAUGUAAUACCUGCUGCAUGUCGCCACGUAAGUGGAGUGAGUAUUUUAGAACAAUUUAUUGUCUGUGAAGUGCUUUAAUGUUGAGAAUGAUAGGACCAUGUUCCAAUGCAAAUCACUCUCUCUGUUAUUCUUAAUACUGACUGAUUGUAACUUUGAUUCUGUGCUUGGAGACUGCACUCUGCUAACAGUGAGUCAGCUCAUUGGGUCCAGGUUAUUUGCACUUUUUAAUCAUCUGUGUACAGACUGAUUUUGUAUAGAAUCUGUAUAUUACACCUUUUUUACGGAUGUAUAAGUCAUUGUUAAUAAAAUAACGUAUUAGUCACAA